UUAUGCACGUAAAGUCUACGUAAGAGAAAUCAUUCCUUACCAUAGAGAAGGUUAAUUUGUGUUAAGAGAUAUUGUUAAAAUUGUGAUGAUAGAAAAAAUAGGAAAAAAUUUAUUCGUAUCAGAUGUUUAUAUCAAGUCAAUACAAUUUUUGUUAUUAUGUGAUUUAAUGAAAUAGAACACAUAUUAAUUAAUUAUGAUUAAAUAAAAUGAAAUAUAAAUUUAAACACAUAGCAUAUUGCUGUUGACUUGAUAUAAACACCUGAUGCGGAUAAGUUUUACGCUAUGAUUCUUCAAGUUAAUUAGCAUGAUUAGUUCUUAACCAUAGAACUUUUCUCUCCAUUAUAGCAACAAAAACCUCAAAAAGAGACACUUGUGUACAUGAUUUGCUUCUUCACAUUUACAACAUACAACUACUAGCAAUAUCAUAGGAAAGAAAACAAAAAACAAAAAACAAAAAAAAGUAAAAACUUUUAAUCAAAGAUUAUUAUUAUUAUUAUAAUUGUCUUAAGAGAAAUAAAUUAAAUAGCAAAUCAAGAAGAAAAAGACAUGGCUCAUUUAAAAGUAAUUAUAGCCAACAUGUCCAAUUGUAUUUCUACUAGAUUCAUGAUUGUGCCUGCAGGAAAUGUAUUGAUCUAUAGAGACUUUGUUAGUGCCACAAGACCUUCUCAAAAAAUUGAUAAAGAGACAUGUCAAAAGAUAAUAGAAGCAGCAGAAGCAGUAAAAGAAGGAGCUAAAGAAGUGAAAAGUGUGGGAGAAUAUGUCAAAAAAACUGUUUCUGAUAGUGCUGGAAAUGUAAUCUCAGAGGUGGCAAAAGCAGCACUAGAAAAGGCAACUGAAAAGGAAGAAAAAGGUGCAUGGGAUAAAGUCAAAGACACAGCAAAUGACAUCAAGAAUAAAGUAGUUGGCAAGUGACUUAAUUAUAUCGAAUUUAAGUUUUAUAUAUCGUCAAUAUUAGAAUUUAUCUCAAAUUGUAUUUAAUUAAUUAUAACAAGUUAGCGCCUGAUGCUUUGAUUUAUUUCACAUUAUUAUAUCAUACAAGAAAUUACAUGUUAUUGUAGGUCAUUUAAUUGAUGGUAUAAAACUUUUAUAUAUUAUCGUUAA